AUGGCCAAGCUGAUGAAGAGCCUGCUCUCGGUAGUUUCCCUGUCGUUUGUGGUGCUGACCUUUGCGUCGGCCCGCUCGCAGCGUAUACGUUACUACCUGAAUGCUACGCUGUACAUUCUUUCGCUCGGCGUCUGCAGCACGCUCGGCGUGUUUUACGCGGUGAUCCUCGGCCUGACCGGCAACCGCUACAACACGAACCUGUGGGUGGCCCGCUCCUUUGCGCGCAUUGCCGGCACGCUCAUCGGCUACAACGUCAAGAUCGAGGGUGCCGAGCACCUGAAGCAGCGCCCGGCGAUCAUUGUCGGCAACCACCAGAGUUUCCUCGAUAUCCUCUAUCUCGGCGCAAUGAUGCCGGCCCACUCGGUCAUUAUGGCGAAGAAGGAGCUGCGCAUGGCGCCGCUUCUCGGCCAGUUCAUGUGGCUCGGUGGUGCAGUGUUCAUCGACCGCAAGAGCCGCAGCAGCGCCAUCAAGACCAUGCGCCAGGCGGGUGAUCGCAUGCGCCGCGACAAGCUCACGCUCUUUGCGUUCCCGGAGGGCACGCGCUCGCACUCGGCCCUGCCCGAACUGCUGCCGUUCAAGAAGGGCGUCUUCCACCUCGCGCUGCAGAACAACCUGCCGAUCAUCCCGGUGGUCUGUGAGAACUACCACCGCCUGUACGACAGCAAGACCCGCUUCGAGGGCGGCGACCUGCACCUCGCGGUCCUUCCCCCGAUCAGCACCGAGGGCAUGACCGAGACUGACACGGACAAGCUCAUCGCCCUUGUCCACGACGCGAUGCUCCGCCGCUUGCUCCAGUUUGAUGUACAGAGCGACGCGCAGGACGUGCAGAGCACGCUGCACCCCGCCAAGCAGCCGCGCACGCAGGUGCGUGGCCUCGCCGGCCUCGCCGCGCGCAUCAUCGGCGACGGCAGCAAGCAGCAGCACGACCGCACCGUGCGCCGCGUCCAGCAGGAGGCCGAGGCACUGCGCCCGGAUCACGCGGGCGCGUCCAACCCCAGCGAUUACGGGCUGGUCUCGGCCUCGGAGCGUAACGCGGGACUCUAUGCGCCGCUCCCGGACCAGGGAAAGGGGCCGAUGUUCAAGUGCCUCGGCACGGACCAAAUCAUCCCUUAUAAACAGAUCAACGACGACUACUGCGACUGCGCGGACGGCUCGGAUGAGCCGGGUACGUCGGCAUGCGACAACGGCCGCUUCUACUGUGAGAACAAGGGGCACAUCCCGGCGUACAUCCGCAGCUCGCAGGUGAACGACGCCGUGUGCGAUGAGGCGUGCUGCGACGGCUCGGACGAGACCGAUGGCAAGGUUCACUGCCCGAACGUCUGCGCGGAGGUGAACAAGGCUUACCGCAAGGAGCGCGCGAAGCAGGCCAAGGUCUACGCCGCCGGCGCCAAGAUCCGCGACCAGUACGUCCAGACCGCCCGCAACGACCGCGAGUUUCACGAGACGGCGCUCGCGCGCCUCCGCGCCGAGCUCCCGGGUGCAGAGGAGACCGAGGCGCAGCUCAAGCGCGCGCUCGAGGCGGCCGAGAACGUCGGCAACUGGUUCGAGCAGCAAAAGCGCCAGAGCGCGCUCUUUGCGCAGCUCGAGCUGCGCCAGUCGACGCUGCGCUCGCAACGCGACGCACUCGGCUCGCUCGUGGGCGAGCUGCGUGCAGUAGGCAACAUGCUUGAGCGCCUCAGUCCCGAGUCGUCCAAGGAGGACCUGGAGAGCGUCGCGGAAUCCUUCCGCAUCUGGCGGGGCCAGGUCUUUGACGGCGACGACGAGCGCGACGCGACGCUGGAAGAGAAGCUCGCUGCGCUCACGAAUGUGGGCGAGCUCAGCGACGAGGACCUCGAGACAUUGAUCAACGAAGACCCCCUCCUCCUCCUCGAUGGCGCGCCCGACUUUAGCCAGGGCGCUCCGCAGCGGGGCGUCGCGUGGCUCGUCGACACGCUCAUCCGCCUCGACGUGAUCUCGCCGCAGCAGCGCGAGAAUGCCGGCCGGCCAUACCAGCACGCCAAGGGCCUGGCGGCUGCGCGCGAGGCACACGAAAAGGGUGCCGAAGCGCUGAACAAGAUCAAGAACGACAUCCGCUACCACGAACAGCGCAUGCGUGAGCGCGCCAACAAGAUCGGCCGCGACGGCGAGUUCCAGGAGAUCGACGGAACGUGCCUCAAAAAGGACAUGGGCGAGUACACCUACGAGUUCUGCUUUGGUGGCACCACCAAGCAGAUUUCGAACAACGACGGCUACACCUUCAGUCUGGGCCGCUUUGAGAAGUUCGACGUGAACGGCCAGUUCAGCACCGACGACCCCCGCCACUAUCUCACGAUGCUCUACGCGCACGGCCAGACCUGCUGGAACGGGCCGCCGCGCAGCACGCACGUCAAGCUGGAGUGCAGCGACACCAACGAGCUUCUGCACGUCUUUGAGGCGGAAAAGUGCACCUACUCGAUGCGCGUCGCGACGCCCGCCGUGUGCUUCCCGAAGGAGGCUGUGCCCGAGGUCAAGGUGGAACACACCGAACUGUAA